AUGGUUGGGUUGAAGAAGUUGGCUGCCUUGUGCGGCUUGGCCUCGUCCUUCGUUGCCGUUCUCGGCCAGGGGAACUCAACCGAUUGGCCGCUGCACGAGAACGGCCUCACGGAUCUGGUCGAGUGGGAUCACUAUAGCUUCCAUGUAAAUGGUCAACGGCUUUUCGUCUUCUCGGGAGAAUUCCACUAUUGGCGCUAUCCUGUCCCUGAGCUCUGGAAGGAUCUUCUCGAGAAGGUCAAGGCAGCCGGCUUCAAUGCCUUCUCCAUCUACAACCACUGGGGUUACCAUGAGGCCACGCCAGGAGUACUCGACUUCGAGUCAGGAGCACACAACUUCACCUCUAUCAUGACUCUUGCGAAAGACCUUGGGCUCUACAUGAUCAUUCGACCUGGUCCCUAUGUCAACGCUGAGGCCAAUGCAGGUGGCUUCCCACUGUGGGUCACUACUGGUGCCUACGGUGGCCUCCGUGACAACGACACGAGAUACACCGAGGCCUGGACACCAUACUUUAGCACCAUCUCGCAGAUCAUCGCUCCUCAUCUUAUCACCAACGGUGGCAACGUUAUUCUAUUCCAAAUUGAGAAUGAGCUGGGUAACCAGUGGACCAACAUUAAGAAAAGGAUAAGCAAUGUUGCUGCACAAGAGUAUAUGCAACUUCUCGAAGACACUGCUCGCGACAAUGGCAUUGACGUGCCAUUAACCCACAACUUACCCAAUAUGAAUGGUUACUCGUGGUCUCAGGACUUCUCAAACGCCACUGGCAACGUGGACGUCGUGGGUUUGGACAGCUACCCGUCAUGCUGGAGUUGCAACUUGAGCGAGUGCACCAGCACCAAUGGAGAGUACGUCUCUUACCAAACUCAAAACUACUACGACUACUUCACUGUACAGUCUCCGACACAGCCAAACUUCAUGCCGGAGUUCCAAGGUGGUUCGUACAAUCCAUGGGGUGGCCCGCAAGGCGGAUGCCCCGGAGAUAUCGGUGCUGAUUUCGCAAAUUUGUUCUAUCGUAACCUCAUAUACCAGCGGGUCAGCGCCAUCUCGCUGUACAUGUUGUUUGGCGGAACCUCAUGGGGCUGGCAUGCUGCACCAGUCGUUGCGUCGAGCUACGACUACUCGUCACCGGUUUCCGAGAACCGUGCCAUCGGAAGCAAGUAUUACGAGACCAAGCUUCUAACUCAGUUCACGCGAGUUGCACGUGACCUUUCCAAGACAGAUAGACUUGGAAACAGCACAAGCUACUCGAGCAAUUCUGCCAUCACCGUUUCAGAGCUUCGAAACCCAGACACAGGAGCCGCUUUUUAUGUCACGCAGCAUGACUACUCGCCAUCGUCGACUGUCGAAACAUUCACCAUCAACGUGAACACCUCUGCCGGUGCCUUGACUAUCCCUCAGUAUGGCACAGAGAUUACCAUCAAUGGCCAUCAGUCCAAGAUCAUUGUUACAGAUUUUGCCUUUGGUUCCAAGUCGCUGCUUUACUCUACUGCUGAGGUGCUGACAUACGCCAUUAUCGAUGGAAAAGAAGUUCUGGCUCUCUGGGUUCCAACUGGCGAGUCAGGAGAGUUCACUAUUGAUGGAGUCAGGACCGCGAGUGUUGCAACGUGCAAUGGCUGCGCAAACGUCAAGAUCUAUUCAGGCGAGUCCAACAUCACCGUUUCGUUCAUGCAAAAUGCCGGCAUGAGCACCCUUGAGCUGGGAGACGGGUCGAAGGUGGUACUUCUUGAUCGUUCUGCCGCUUACUUGUUCUGGUCGCCGUCUCUCGACAACAACCCGCUUGAGGCUGGAAAUAACACAGUCCUUGUCCAUGGACCCUACCUUGUUCGUACAGCUACUAUUGAUAACCAAGCCUUGGCACUGACUGGUGAUGUUGCAAACGCUACAACUAUCACUGUCUUUGCACCUAAGGACGUAUGCUCUGUCACAUGGAACGGCAAGAAACUCGACAUUAAACCAUCAAAGUCAGGUGCUCUGACCGCUUCGCUUGAUGGCGGCGCGCACUUUACUCUUCCGGAACUAAGCGGUUGGGCGUACGCUGACAGCCUGCCCGAAAUCCAGAGCAAUUACUCUGCUGACAGUAAGGCAUGGGUUGCAGCCACUAACACUAACACCUCUAACCCCACUGUGCCGGCACUGAACAACCCCGUACUCUACGUCGAUGACUACCAGAUCCAUGUUGGCAACCACAUCUACCGCGCAACCUUUUCCGCAACCUCCGAGCCCCCAUCAGGCGUCUUCCUCAACAUUACCGGUGGGACGGCGUUCGGCUACUCAGCAUGGCUAAACGGCAAGUUUAUCGGCUCUUGGCUUGGCCUUUCGUGGAUUGACAAGGAGGCCAGCACCUUCUCUUUCUCCAACGCGACACUAAACGCGGACGAUGAGAAUGUGCUCAUCGUUGUCAUGGACAAUUCGGGUCAUGAUCAGCGCACCGCUGCGCUGAACCCCCGUGGUAUCUUUAAUGCCACUCUGGUCGGGCCUGGUAGCUAUUCUUUCGAUGAAUGGAAGAUUGCAGGUACGGCUGGUCGCGAGGAUGUUCUUGACCCUGUUAGGGGUCCCCUGAAUGAAGGUGGUCUUUGGGCCGAGAGAGUCGGUGUUCAUUUGCCCGACUAUCCCAAGGACUCUCUAGUCGAGCUUGGCUCAAACAGCACUACGCUAUCCGUCCCAGAGGCUGGCAUUCGUGUCUUCCAUACGGUUGUCCCACUGUCGGUUCCCGCUGGUCUCGAUGUGUCCAUUUCCUUCCGCCUCACCGCGCCCUCGAACGUGACCUUUGAGUCAGAGCAUGGAUACACCAACCAGCUCCGCGCCCUCCUAUUUGUCAACGGAUACCAAUACGGCCGCUUCAACCCGUACAUCGGAAACCAGAUCGACUUCCCGGUUCCACCCGGAAUUCUAAACUACAAUGGUGACAACACAAUUGUUGUCACCGUAUGGAGUCAGAGUGCAGAUGGUGCCGAGGUGAAGAUUGAGUGGAAUCUGGAAUACGUUCACGAGAGCAGUUAUGACAUGCUGUUCAAUAGCGCCUACCUACGACCGGGCUGGACUGAGGACAGACUGGAGUGGGCUUAA